CAUUUUUCCCAAGGACGUCCCUCUGGAUGGUGGCUCUGGCUGUGGUGCUGAGUGUCCUGGGUUUUCUCAUUUCCCUAGCCGUUUACUAUUGUCGGAUGCAGCACAGAGAGAAAGGGAAACUCUUGGCUGAACUUCAGUGGAGAAGAGCCCAAGUAUAUGCAGUGAACGUGACUCUGGAUCCAGCCACAGCUCAGUCCAACCUCAUCCUGUCUGAGGAUCGGAAAAGUGUGAGACAUGGAGAUAAACGGCAGGAACUUGCCGACAACCCUGGGAGAUUUGAACCUUAUGUCAUUGUUCUGGGCGCUGAAGAGUUCACGGGUGGGAGGCAUUACUGGGAGGUGGAGGUGGGAAAGAAGCCUGAGUGGACUCUGGGGGUUUGUAGGGAAUCUGUGAGGAGGAAGGGGAGUAUUAGUGUCACAUCUGAGAAUGGAUACUUUGUGGUGUGUUUGAGGGAUGGAGAAAAAUACUGGGCCCGCACUUCGCCCCUAACUCCUCUUCCUGUGAGAGUCAGGCCCAGCCGGGUGGGGAUUUUCCUGGACUAUGAGGCGGGCGAGAUCUCAUUUUACAAUGUGACUGACAGGUCCCAUCUCUUCACUUUCACUGACACCUUCUCUGAGAUGCUCCGCCCUUAUUUCAGUCCUUGUCUCAAUGAAGGGGGUAAAAAUGCAGAUCCCCUGAUAAUCUGCCCGGUCCCAGAGAAGGCCUGAGGGAAUCUCUGUCCCUCACAGUAACACCCGCAGCAGAGACUGUCCCCUCCCACCACUGAUGAGCCCCCAGGCCUGUUCCCAUGGGGAUGGUGUAAAAGGCAUCAGCUGCCUGCCCCCCGUCACUCCCUCCCCUCUCAGCUCUCAGCACCAGGCCUGUGAGCUGCAGGAAGAGGAGAGAGGCAGAGAAGGGGUGGGGAGAGACAGCUGUGGGGUGAGGUGGGGUCAGGCUGCUUGGAAGUGGGGAUGCAGGGGCAGAGGGAGGUGCGGGUUCCUGGGCAUAUAAAGGUGAAAAUGUGGGUCUCGUGCUGCAGGCAUUUCAGAGACAAUUACUUGCACAAUGAGCGUGAAUAACAGUGAGAGAAAUGCUCCUACCUGGCCUAGUCUGACAGCAGAGAGCCAUGAGCAGUUGGGGGAGUCCCAGGGCUCUGGCGAGGACACUGGCCUGAUUCAGCUGCAGCACAGAGCCCUGCUGACACAGGAGGAUGUAUCAGUACAGAGGCAAGGUGGGGGGCGGGGGCUGGUUGAUUUAGGGGAUGAAUUUGCUGCCCUGACUGGACAGUGUUUCUCUGGGGGAGCACUAGGCAGCUCAGCCCCUGAUUCCCUACAGCCCCUCAACACGUGCUUGAGGCCCAUCGGACUGCAUUCACCCCCCAUUACACACAGGGUAUGUCUACACUACGGAAUUAGGUCAAUUU